AUGUGUAAGCCUGCCAUUAACUCAAAGGUUUUAAUUUUAAUUUUAGACUUGCUUGAAGAUGGCUUUGGAGAACAUCCUUUCUACCACUGUCUAAUAGCAGAGGUGCCAAAGGAGGGACAAACAGGAAGUAGUUGCAUUGUAGGCUAUGCUAUGUAUUACUUUACAUAUGACCCUUGGAUUGGCAAGUUACUUUACCUGGAAGACUUCUAUGUCAUGGAACCAUAUAGAGGCUUGGGCAUUGGCUCGGAAAUCUUAAAGACAUUAAGCCAGAUAGCAAUCAAAACAAACUGUAGCUGCAUGCAUUUCCUUGUAGUCAUUUGGAACAAGCCAUCUAUAGAGUACUAUGUGAGACGUGGAGCUUUAGACCUUUCCACUGAAGAGGGCUGGCAUCUCUUCAGAUUUGACAAAGAGAAUCUUCUCAGAAUGGCAUCUGGAGAAUGA